AUGGCAUCCAUGCCACGAGCACCCUCUCCUGGCGGCAGAAACACCCUGACCGCAAGGCUGACGAACACUACUUCUAGGCCCCAAUCAGGUAGCAGGUCGCGUCCCCGAACCGUGGCAACAUCCACCAGCUACAGUGACAAUGAAAUCAUUUGUGCAAUCUGCGAGUCCCGAGGCGUAUCUCCUACCAUCGGCCUCUCCUUUGUCAAUGUUUCCACUUCUGAAUCAGUCCUCUGCCAGUUCACUGACACGCAAACCUACGCUCGUACGUGCCACAAGAUCAAAGUCUUCGCGCCCUCCGAGAUCAUUUACAUGAAGACUGCUGAAGAUUCGAAACUCGUUUCGAUUGUAGCCGAGAACCUCGAAGUACAAAAAUUUGACAUCGCCAUGACCGGUAUCGAGCGUAGAUAUUGGUCUGAAACUAGUGGUCAUGACUAUGUGCAUCAACUGGCGUUUCCGGACGAUCUGGAGUCGUUGAAGUUGUCUGUUGCCGGAAACUACUUUGCAACAUGCUGUUUUUCGGCCGCGAUGAAGUACAUCGAUCUUGCCAUGGAAUUGACGUUCGCUCCGCAAACGUUGCGCAUCAAAUUUGAACCCUCUGAAGGGUCGACCAUGAUCGACCUCUCCACAAUGGCUUCGCUUGAACUGAUCCAGAACCUCCAGAAAGACAAAUCUCGAGACUGCCUCCUGGGGUUGUUGAACCAAACAUUGACACCAAUGGGUGCUCGGUUCCUCCGAAGCAAUGUCCUGCAACCAUCAACAGAUGCGGAAAAGAUCAGAAAGAGGCAGCAAGCUCUUGGCGAGCUCACGACCAAGGAGGACAUGUUCUUUGCAGUUCGAACCGCCCUGAAGUCAUUCGUUGAUGCCGACCGUGUGCUUACCACGCUUGCCAUCAUGUCGACAAGACAAGAUUUCCAUUAUAUGGAACAGUCAAUCAACAACGUUCUCAUGCUCAAGACGCUCGUGGAUGGGGUCAAACCGGUCUGGCAGGCUCUUGCUGGCGCAAACAGUGAGGAGCUGAAGAUGAUACGCCAGCUCUGUGACCCAGGAAAUUACGUGCAAGUGGAGAAUCUGCUCGCACGUUGUCUCAAUGUUGAUGUGCGAUACUCAACCAAACCCCUUGAUCUGCGGAACCAGAGAGUUUACGGCAUACAGGCUGGUGUCAACAGUUUCCUCGACGUCGCUCGUCAGGCAUACAAGGAGCUCAGCGAGGAUGUCAACGACAUGUUCGACCGCCUCAAAGGAGAGGUUGAGAUUUCCGUCGAACUCAGAUACGACACCGACAGACAAUACUACCUCCGAUUUCCGGCCAUUGAGGUCAAGGACAAUUCUGUUCCUGAGACCUUUAUCAACACCUACAAGAAGCACAAAUACAUUGAAUGCCAGACACUGGACCUCAUAAAGAUGAACCAGAAGAUCAAGGACGCCCACAAUGAAGUCAUCUGCCUGUCCGACGCCACCGUGCAAGAGCUCAUCGAUGAAGUCCGUAGCACAAUCCAUCCACUCUUCAAAAUCAGCGAGUCCAUCGCCACGCUCGACAUGCUUGCGGGCUUCGCCCAACUCGUCACGAUAUCCAUGCACGAGUAUGUCCAACCCGAAGUCGACACGGACUCGUUCAUGAUCAAAGCCGGCCGCCACCCGAUUCGCGAAAAGGCGCAAUACCAAUACGACCGAUUUGUGCCCAACGACGUGUACGCCACGCCGCAGAACCGCUUCCACAUCAUCACCGGAUGCAACAUGAGCGGCAAGUCGACCUACAUCCGCUCUGUAGCGCUGAUGGCCGUGAUGGCGCAGAUUGGCUGUUUCGUGCCCGCCGAGUACGCCUCCUUCCCCUUGUCACACGAGAUCUUUGCCCGCAUCUCGACAGACGACAACAUCGAGGCCAACGUCUCCACAUUUGCCUCUGAGAUGCGUGAAAUGGCAUUCAUCUUGCGCAACAUCUCUCCGCGCAGCAUGGUCAUCGUCGACGAAUUGGGGCGCGGCACCAGCACGACAGACGGACUGGCCAUCGCGAUCGCCAUUGCCGAAGCACUGAUCGACUCCAAGGCCUAUGUCUGGUUCGUGACGCACUUUCGCGACCUGCCGCGCAUCCUGGCCGACCGCGCCGGCGUGGCCAACCUGCACCUCUCAGCGGACAUCAGCGAGGACUACUCCAAGAUGACCAUGCGGUACAAGAUCACCGAGGGAUACGAGGAAGAGAAGUUCUACGGGCUGGCCCUCGCCAGAGCCAUCGGCCUUCCUGGCGGCGUGAUCGACAUGGCCACGCGUGUCUCCGAGGCUCUGCACGAGCGGAACGAGGCGAGGAAGAGAAAUCCCCACGCCACCGCCCUGGCCAGGAAGAGGAAGCUCGUCCUCCACGUCAAGGAGCGGCUAGGCCAGGCGAGGGACGUCGCGGUCAAAGGCGAGGCCAGUGCAGACGCACUGAGGAAUUGGCUGCGCAGCUUGCAGGUCGAGUUUACGCUGCGCAUGAAAGCGAUUGACGUCGAAUCAGAACCGACAACGACUGUGACAGUGACCGAGACCGAGACUGGGGCGGUUAGUCGAGGACGGUCGAGUGGGUCGACUGAUUCGAGUGACUCCAGCGAAGAAAGCGAAACCGAAGAGGAGACAAGGCAAACAGAUAGGGAAGUGACAGGAUGGCAGACCAAAGAUAUUCACGAGGCGACGGGCGCUAUUGACUGA